AUGCAGUACCAGAUCCUCCUUGCAGCUUCUCUGGCUGCUGUCGCCCACGCGCAGACCAUUGUCACAUCGAGUGCAUCUUCGGUCGCAGCCUCUACCACUGUGUCGCAAGCGAUGCCUGCGGUGGCUACUGCUGCCUUCAACCCUGCUGGAAUCGAUUCCACGACUGCAUUCAACUGGUGCCAUGCUCAGCUGAACACUUGCCCCCAGAUCUGUGGUGGGUCUGCUUCUCAAAACCAGUGUGAUCAGACCACAUUCACCUACACCUGCGUUUGCGCCAACGGAACUGUGCCUGACUGCACCGCCUUUGCUGAGACUCUUCCAUUCUACAUCUGUCAAGAGACCUACAUCCAGUGCGUCAACAACAACCCCAACGACGCCCAGGCACAAUCUGCAUGCAAAACGAAUGAGCAAUGUGGUACUCGCAAUGCAACCGCCGAAGCCAUUGCGCAAACGUCUGCUGCCUCUGCUUCGGUCACUUCCACCUCUUCUGCUCCUGCCUCAUCGGAGACCGCUUCUGCGACCGACACUGCCUCUGAGUCCGCUACUGCAUCGGCUUCUGGAUCCGACUCCUCUGCCACCGGUGGUGCUGCCAUGGGUGUCUCUCAACAGAUGACCACUGGUGUCUUUGCGGCUGUCCUCUUGGCGAUUUUCAAGCACAUCGUCCUUCGAUACAAAGACCCCUGCGACACGAUCACUAUGCGCGCCCUCCGAUACCACGGCGUCAAAGACCUCCGCGUCGACAACGACAUUCCCGAACCGAAAUGCGGCGAGAACCAGAUCAAGGUCAAGCUACACGAAUACUCGUCGCCGACAUUCAUCCCACAACCCAACUCUCCCCACCCCCUGACAAAAGAGGUGAUGCCCGUCGCCAUCGGCCACGAAUUCUCCGGGGAGAUUGUCGAAAUUGGCAGUUCGGCGGCGUCCCACCCAAACUUCCAGGGCCAGACCCUCGAGGUCGGGGAUAAGGUCGCCGUGCAGCCCACCCUGGCCUGUUUCCACUGCGGCCCUUGCCACGAUGGCUACAUCAACUGCUGCGACUCGGCCGGGUUUGUGGGGCUGAGCGGUGGCGGAGGUGGAAUGAGCGACUAUGUCUGUGUCGACGCGCAGUUUGUGUUCAAGUUGCCGGACCAUGUCGGUUUGGACGUGGGUGCGCUGGUAGAGCCGUUGGCCGUGGCGUGGCAUGCGGUUGACCAGUACCCUUUGAAAAAAGGCGAUGCCGCGCUCGUCAUGGGUGCCGGCCCCAUCGGUCUCGGGGUCAUCCAAUGCCUCAAGGCCCGCGGCGCGGGCACCAUCAUCGUGGUCGAGAUAGCAAAGGAGCGGCAGAACUUUGCCCGGGCCUUUGGCGCGACGCAUGUGAUCGAUCCGAGGACCGAGGACGUGGUCAAGAGGAGCAAAGAAAUCACAAACGGUCAGGGACCGCACGUCGCGUUGGACGCGGCGGGCGUGCCGGCCAGUUUGAGGGACGCGGCGUUGGCGGUGAGGGCGCGCGGCACGAUUGUGAACCUGGCGAUCUGGGAAAAAGAGCGGUGGAGGUUUGCGAGACGGCAAGAAGUCCUGGGCUACCUCCAAUCCGACUUUGCAGGGGUCAUCAACGCUCUCGCCGACAACUCUUUGCAACCACAAAAAAUGAUUACGAGCAAGAUCAAAAUCGAUCGCGUGGCCGAGGACGGGUUCCGGCCGCUGAUCGAGGACAAGGACAAGCACGUCAAGAUCCUGGUUGAUUGUAGAGCGUGA